AUGACGAUGUUUCUCAUCAUUGGAAGCAGGAGGCUGAGGAAGAAACAGAACAUCUUCAUCUGCAACAUCGCCUUGGUAGAUUGUGUUGCUUCUGCCUUACCUUUUGUUUAUUGGCUGAUGCUUUAUAUCGGAGUAAGACCGGAUUACAACGUUAUAUUGAUAAUGCGUGCAUCACUCAUCAUCGAAACAGGUAGCACCUUGUCUGUGGCUCUGUUUCGACUCAUCACCCUCCGCUUCGACCCAUUCAACAAGCGGAACCUGGUGACGGCGCCUCGCUGCAUCUUGGCCUGUAUCUUCAUUUGGAUCAUCCCUAUCGGGGCCUUCUUCAUCAUCGCCAAACUGGACAUGGAUUACUCUACGGCUGGCUCUCUUGUGACACUACAGUCAGCCAUAUACUACAUCGCUUGUCCAUUCAGUUACUAUUUGGCCCAUAAAUUUGGCGGUCGCCGUAUAACAACGAUCGGUGGCUUCCUAUCUGCAAUGUCCCUAUUAGCAGGAUCAUUCAGCCAAUCAGCAGUCUUUCUUGGUUGUUCUUUCUUCUUCACAGGUCUUUUCGCUUCUCCCCUAAGGCAAUUAUCGAGUGAAACGCUUCAUCAACACUACGGAGAACAUGGGUAUGGAUUUGCUCAGACGAUUACUAUGUUAGGCUGUCAGGUUGGAAGUUUCUUGAUGCCAUACAUCAUUGUUUUAACCCUCGAUGCCUACGGGAUGAGAGGGAGCUUGUUGUUCCUGAGUGCAAUGUUGUUUCAUGGCGUACCCAUAGCGGCGACAUUACGUCCCCCACGACGUCCUCAAGGCCCAUGUGAAACGAACAGUUCUAUCCGAAGGAAUGGUGAUGGACCAGAACUUGAGCCACUUCACACUGGUGACGAAGUCGGAAGCUCUGCGAGUAUGGAAGAGAUCAUCUUAGAACUUGGGGACGUUAAUACUGACAAAGGCCCGGAAAAGCAAGAAAACCCAAGCCUUCAACACUCGAUUGUCGAUGGGAUUCGAAUUCUUGUCAUGGAUACCAUUGAUUUCGUUAAAAAGGAACGUACUUUAAUUUUUCUCCUCCUCCCAUGCCAGGUUUUGUUCGACACAACUUUCGUCGGUUGGGAAGUGUUCCUCUUUUCCUAUGGAAUCACUGAAGGAUUGUCCAAAGAUCAAGCCGUUUAUACUGUGAUGAUGGGUUCUGUUGGCGGCGUGGUCGGGCGGCUCACGCUGCUAGCAAUCCUUUAUAAAUUUCCUCUACUUUCACUUCAACUCUUGGCGUCGAACUUGGCUUUAUCGUCCAUCAUGCUCUUGGUGUACCCCAUCAAUUCUUCGCUGACUUAUUUGACUAUAUGUUCCUUUAUUGCCGGGUUCGGUUUCUUCAACGCCUACACAUCUUUCUUCGGUACUGUCGCUAUAGUCGUGCAGCAGGAAAACUUCCCAAAGGCCAUUGCUUGUUCUCUCAUGUUAAGUGGGAUUUGCUAUCUUAUAUCUGGAAUAAUAGCAGGUUCUCUGUACAACCUGUUUGGUACAUACCGGGCUGUCUUCCGUGUCUUAGGAAUCAUGUCAGGUGCCAGUAGUUCGGCAUUCACUACUUACAUUUUUGUCAACUCUUCUAGAAGAAAACAGAAGUAGAUCCGUUCAGUCAGCAAGUUGCAACGUUCCCUUGAAAUCGGCAUUUCAAAUAUUUCUUACUUGGACUUUUUCAUAAUGCGUGAGCGGAGUAGAGUGUUAUUUUCGGAAUGAGUGUAGUUCUUAAAAGGACUGUAAACCAGAAGGAGUGAAAAGCUGAGUAGUGCGGAGGGUGAGAGGCUUGAGUAGAUAAGAGAAGGUUGGCCCGAGUCGAAGAAUUGAGUUGUAUAGCAGGGGAGGAGACUGGUGUACCAUAUAUACACCACUUCCGCGAUUGUUCAUACA